AUGUCGUCGCGAUUCCCCGAGCGGCCAAGCUCAAAGCGAGAUCGUUCUCGCUCCCCGUCACGUCACCCCCAGAAGCUUCCACGCCGAUAUGAGGAGAGAGACCAGCAACAGGAUUACAACAGGGGCUGGAGAGACGAGGAGAGUCGUCACCCACAACAGUCGCGACCGCGGAAUAUGAAGGAUCAAGUGCGGCUCAAUCAACUUCAGGAAGAUGAGCAGGUCCGGGAAUGGGUGGCGCAGGAGGACAUCUUCGUUCUGAAGCAGGCCAAGAAGAAGGCAGAGAUCCGGGUCAAGGAAGGCAGGGCUAAGCCGAUCGACUGGCUCACAGUUACUCUACGGGUCAUUGAUCCUACGAGGAACCCCUUGGAUGACGAGAUCGCCGACUCGGAGCUCGAUCUGGUGGACCCCGAUGGUGUUUUUGAAGGACUAUCGCAGACGCAGUUGUUGGAUUUGGAGAAGGAUAUUGAUACGUUUUUGAGCUUGGAGAAGAACUCGCAAAACAGAGAUUUCUGGAAGACAAUGAAAGUCAUUUGUCGGGAUCGCCAAAAAGUCAUAGGGCCUGAAGGUCGCGCUCUGAGCUCGGUUGCGUCCGACAUCGACCGACUGUUGAGCCCUAAAUCCUACGAACAGCUUCAGACACUCGAGGUGCAAGUCAGGAGGAAGUUGGAUUCGAACGAGCCCAUCGAUACAGAUUACUGGGAGGAACUUCUGCGCAGUCUUACUGUCUGGAAAGCUCGUGCGAAGCUCAAGAAAGUGUUCCAGGAUGUUAUCGAUGAGAGAGUCAGAGGGCUGCGCACGCAACAGCGUGAGGAGGCCGAAUCUGUGCGAGCGAAGCUCGCUCCGCUAGCGCCACUUAUUCAGGCAAACUCUGACAGUGAGGCCCAGGCUGAUCCUCAGGACUUUGAAGGCCUCGAUUCGGAUCCACUGCUUCAGAUCCACCCAGAGGACAAAGUGCUGGAGAUUGUGGAUGAAAGCGCCUUUCUUGGUCAAGUGGCUCGCGAACGACAAAAAAUCCUGAAGAUGGGUUUUGUGCCGCUGCGGCAGCGACAUGCAGAGAAGUCUUCGGCUGCUCCUUUGAACCAAACAACAAACAUGCCAAUUGCUAGCGCCUCCACCAGGUUCUCGACCAUUCCCAACGAUGACUUUUCUCAGGCGACAAAGGCCCUCUAUGAACGCGAAUUGGCGAAAGGGGUCAGCGAAAACGAGGAGAUUUUCACUGGCGAAGAAGCUGUAAGCUCCGGCGCUCAACCUUUGUGGGCAGGCAAAUAUCGACCCCGCAAGCCGCGGUAUUUCAACCGUGUUCAAAUGGGCUACGAGUGGAAUAAAUAUAAUCAGACCCAUUAUGACCAUGACAACCCACCUCCUAAAGUCGUCCAGGGCUACAAGUUCAACAUCUUCUAUCCAGAUCUUAUUGAUAAGACCAAAGCCCCGACCUACCGCAUCGAGCGGGAAAAUGGCCGCAAGCGCGGUCAGUCCUUUGCAGAAGCAGGGGAAGAAGACACUUGUCUUAUUCGCUUCAUGGCCGGUCCCCCUUAUGAAGAUAUCGCGUUCCGCAUCGUGGACAAGGAGUGGGACUACAGUGCGAAGCGGGAACGUGGUUUCAAAAGUACUUUCGACAAAGGAAUUCUGCAAUUGCAUUUCCAAUUCAAGCGGAUCUAUUACCGGAAGUGA